AUGUGGCCUCACUUUGUUUUCUUGGCCGCCGUUCUACUACUUUUGCAAACGCAACUUGCAGCAGCAGCGAAUCAAACAAACACCACAAACGAUGUCCUUUUGACUUCUCAGCUCGGUCCUUAUCCAGUCACUAUCAAUUCAUACGAAGUCAAAACCAAUCGAACAGAUCCACUUGCACCUACACAUCAGCUUCGUAACUUGGUGGUGACAGUCUAUCGUCCUGCAUCAAAAAACCUCACUUGUCCAACACAGGAUCAAGAUCGUAUACCAUAUGCACGCCCUGAAGUUCUGAAAGCUCUUCUUGGUCUGCUACCGUCAAGUGGAAAUUCAUCUUCGGCUGCAAAUGAAGAUACAGCCCUGCUACCAGCACUUGAACGAGUUCAGAUUGCUAAUUGCACUGCUUCAGAUCUUUCGGCUUCAUCGAAGAAUCCUAUUUUGCUGUUUGGUCCUGGCUUGAGAGCAACACAUGACGUUUACACAACGAUUACUAUGGCUUCUGCAUCUUUUGGAUAUACCGUUAUUGCAAUCGACCAUACAUACGAAUCAGCAGCUGUUGUAUUCCCGGAUGGUUCAGUCAACUAUACUAGUCCAACUACUUUUAAGCUUAUUCAAGAAGGUCACAAAGGAAUUGCAACCAUUCAAGAUAUCCGUACUGCCGAUGUUGCUUCCGUACUUGAUGCAAUGGAAAAAGGUCAGAUUCCCGGUUUGGAACGAGGAACAAAUGAAAAGCAGAUUGCAAUGUACGGACAUUCGCUUGGUGGAAGUACGGCAACAAAUGCUGCUUUGAUGGAUAAUCGAAUCAAAGCAUCAAUCAAUUUGGACGGUACUUUCUUUGGUGCGCCAAAUGAAACAAUAGUUCAUAAACCUUUACUGAUGGUAGGAUAUCCAACUGAUUGGCCAAACUUUUACGCUAAUCAUGAUGAUGGUUGGAAGACGUGGGUGCAAAUUAACAAUACAGAACAUUACAGUUACACCGAUUUACCGCUCAUUGCUGAUUUGUUGAAUUUGCGUGGGAAGGCUAUCCCUCUUUCAUUGACUGGAACGAUCAACAGUCAACGCUUACAAGCAAUCAUCAGUAGUUAUACAAACCACUUCUUUGAUUUUUUCCUUCGUGGAGAGAAGACUAACUUCUUUCAAGGACCAAGAGCGAAUUACCCAGAUGUUCAAUUCAUCGCACACAGUCAGCCAAAAGAUUAA